GAGGCAGCGAUUCCAGUUCUCCCUCCCUCUCUCUCCUUCUGUGUGUGUCAGUCUGUUUGUACUCGCUUCAUCUCUCUUCUGCACCCUUUAUUUCGAUCUGUGGCAAGGCAAAUCGAGAUCAAAGCGUCACUCUCCUGCUCCUUAAUUCGCCGCGGCUGCAAAUAUCUUUGCACAUUACAAAAUUAAAGCAAUUUUUUUUAGCAACGAUGAGCGGCGGGGUGUAUGGAGGAGAUGAGGUGGGGGCUCUUGUGUUUGACAUUGGCUCAUAUACUGUGAGAGCUGGUUACGCUGGAGAAGACUGCCCCAAGGCGGACUUCCCAACCACGGUAGGGCUCAUCAACCACGAUGAGGCAGCUAUGGAGAUCGACGGUGAGAAGGAUGCUAAGUCGGGGAAGACGUACUACAUUGACACCAACUCCCUGCAUGUUCCCAGGGAGGGUGUGGAGGUUAUCUCCCCUCUGAAGAACGCAAUGAUUGAGGACUGGGAUUGCUUCCAGGCGAUUCUGGAUCACACUUACACCAAGCACAUCAAGUCGGAGCCAAACCUGCAUCCUGUUCUCAUGUCAGAAGCACCGUGGAAUACCAGGGCCAAGCGUGAGAAGUUGACCGAGCUGAUGUUUGAGCACUACAACAUCCCUGCCUUCUUCCUCUGCAAGACCGCUGUGCUUACUGCCUUUGCCAACGGGCGGUCCACAGGCCUCGUUCUCGACAGUGGCGCAACCCACACCACCGCCAUUCCUGUGCAUGACGGCUACGUCCUGCAGCAAGGCAUUGUAAAGUCACCCCUGGCUGGCGAUUUCAUCUCGAUGCAGUGCCGGGAGCUGUUUCAGGAAAUGAACAUGGAAAUCACUCCACCUUACACAAUCGCCUCGAAGGAGCCUGUUCGUGAAGGUGCCUCGCCGAAUUGGAAGCGAAAGGAGAAGAUCUCCCAUGUCACCAAAUCCUGGCAUAACUACAUGUGCAAUGAAGUAAUCCAGGAUUUCCAAGCUUCCGUUCUGCAAGUUUCUGAUUCACCAUACGACGAACAGGUUGCUGCUCAAAUGCCUACCAUCCAUUAUGAGAUGCCCAAUGGCUACAACUGCGACUAUGGAGCUGAGAGGCUACGGAUACCUGAGGGCCUGUUUGAUCCCUCCAAUGUCAAGGGCCUGUCGGGGAACACGAUGUUGGGCGUCAGUCACGUUGUCACUACCAGCAUUGGGAUGUGUGACAUCGAUAUUCGGCCGGGCUUGUAUGGCAGUGUGAUUGUCACUGGGGGCAACACCUUACUUCAAGGCUUCACAGACAGGCUAAACCGGGAGCUGUCACAGAAAACACCUCCUAGUAUGCGGCUGAAGCUGAUAGCCAAUAAUAGCACAGUGGAGCGGCGAUUCAGCCCCUGGAUUGGUGGCUCCAUCCUUGCCUCCCUGGGCACUUUCCAGCAGAUGUGGAUCUCCAAACAAGAAUACGAGGAAGGGGGCAAACAGUGUGUGGAGAGGAAGUGCCCCUGAGCACUGAAUAGGAAGGACAUUCAUUAGCUGCCCCAUACAUCUGCCUGAAAGCCAACCUCUCACCUGCGCUCCCUCUCCCAACAGGCCCACCUGAGGCCUAGGCUUUCCCUUUCAUUUGUCUUGUCCCUCCGGUCUUGGCCUUUCUCUGCUUGUGGGCCUGGCUUGACACUCCCCACCUGGGAUAGUGGAGAGAAAGUCUGCAGGAAGAUCACUGAGGCUGAGCCAAGUCCCAGUGAAGGUCCCCAUCAUAAGGUCAGGUCAUUUCCCAGGUGUGAGAAGCCUCCUAGGCUGGGACCUUGCUUGAACUUCUCUGUCCCGUCAGAUCUGGGUAAAUUGACAGCAGUGGCUGCAAAAGGAAGAGUGGCCGCAUUCUGGGAAUGGGCUGGGGGGAGACAAGCGAGGGGUGGGUCACAUUCUUGGCCUAGUGAUCAGAAGCUUAAGCUAAUAAUUGCAGGGACCAGAGCAGCUAGCAGAAUUGAGAUUUCAUCAACACCAAAUCGGGAAUAAAAAUGGUGACCAAUAAACUACUGGGUUGUCUUAAAAAGUACAGUCUGAUUUACCACAGUGUAAUAAUAAGGCAGAGGCGAGAUUGCCAACUUAAACAUCUUCAAAUAUUCGCUUUACGUUUCUCUUCUGCCCUCUUCCUCAAUCUUGGUCUUUCCCCCCACCAGCUCCUUCAACCAGUAAAGACGCUACAUCUGGGCAUCCAGAGGCGAGGCCUUCAAUAUCAGGCUUCAGGCCUACCUCCAUUGCGAGCUGUAUUUCAAAGGAUUAGGGUUAGGAAGUGGAUGCAGAAAGCCACAGUUUUACAGAAUUCAGACACCCAUGACCCUCAGGUACCUAGGCCGUGAUUGUCUACUGGUAACUCACUAGCUAGGGACUGGUUGUGGGGGGGUGGGGUUUGGCAGUGUAUGGCUGCUGGCUUAAGGCCCCUCGCUGGCUCUGCCACCGUUGAAUAUGACCAUGGCAUGCUGAGGGAUCUACCUCAGCUUCCCCAUUCCAAGCUUGUCAACCAUGAGAGACCUUGCGGUCUGAUUCUCAUGUCCUAUCCAAUUGAGCGCUCAGUUUGCUCUCUUCUAUUGGGCCAUCAUCUCAGAGCAAGUGGCCACCAGUUAGGACAGAAAUGAGGAGGAAUUUCUUCUCUCAGGAGUGAAUCUGUGGAAUUCUUUACCAUGGAGGUUGGGUCGUUGAGUAUAUUUGUGGCUGAGGUAAGUUUUUAAUCUGAGAAGGGCAGAUGGUUAUGAAGAAAAGGCAGAAAACUGGGCGUGAGAAUUGUCAGAUUGGCCCAGUAUCUCAUUGAAUGGAGAACUGAAUGGCCUACUCCUGCUCCUAUACCUUGUCUUGGAACCACUUGGGGACCCAGCCCAUGUUGACCAGGAAACAAUUGGGCUGACACCAGGGUUCAGUCUGGGAUCUUGUUGCCCAGGCACUCUUUUUCUUUAUUCAUUCACAGGGUGACUAGGCCAGCAUUUAUUGCCCAUCUCUAAUUGCCCAGAGGGCAGUUAGGAGUCUUCCACAUUGUUGUGGGUCUGGAGUCACAUGCAAGCCAGCAGUUUCUUUCCCGAAAGGACAUUAGUGAACCAGAUAGGAUUUUCCAACAUUGACAAUGGAUUCAUGGUCAUCAUUGGACUCUUAAUUCCAGAUUUUUUAAAUUGAAUUCAAAUUCCACCAUCUGCCAUGUUAGGAUUCAAACCCAAGUCACCAGAUUUGGGUCUCUGGAUUAACAGUCCAGCGAUACUAUCACGAAACCAUCACUGCUCCCUGUUACAGGGUUCAAGGGUCACCAUUACACCCUUUCAGGUCGAGCAUGCACUUUUAGGGAUUGGACAUGUCGUUUAGGCUGGGGACAGCCUUUGGGGAUUGGUGGUAGGGAGAUGAGGUUCAGAACAGAUGGGGGCUUUGGAGCUCUGGGGCCUGGGAGAUAGGAGGACAUGUUUCUGGGGACUGGGCCAAGUGGAUCUUGAAUCCCUACAGUGUGGGAGCAGGUUUUUUGGCCCAUCAGGUCCGCACCCACCCUGCAAAGAUGAUCCCACCCAGACCCACUCCCCUACCCUAUCCCUGUAACCCUGCAUUUCCCCAUGGCUCAUCCACCCAGCCCAUGCAUCCCUGAACACUGCAGGCAAUUUAGCAAGGCCAAUCCACCCUAACCUGCACAUCUUUGGACUGUGGGAGGAAACCAGAGCACCUGGAAGAAACCUGCACAGACACGGGGAGAAUGUGCAAUCUCCACACAGACAGACACCCAAGAGUGGAAUCGAACCUGGCUCUCUGAUGCUGUGAGGCAGCAGUGCUAACCAGUGAGUCACUGUGCCACCCUAGGGUGGUUCCCACCACACGCUUGAAAUCCCUGGUUUUGGUGGGGUACAGUGAUGGGCAUUGGGUAAAAGGUGCUGAUUGGUUUGCAAGUCAACUCUGAUUGGCUUGAGGCAUCACCAUGGAGGAAGCCAUGGAGCGUCUCUCUCCUGCACUGUACUGAUCAGGUCACAAAUGCAAGAAUGCCAAAUUGCACGCUCAUGGUACAGAAAGCCUUUGGGAGCCCAUAGUUCCCCGUUGCUGUCUCUGUGGCUUGGGAAGGAAGGUUUUGGGUUUGCUUACCUGAGGCCAGUUUAAAGAGAGUGCAUUUACAUAGCACCUUUCACAAAGCACAGAGUGCUUUGCAACAGACGUUUGAUGUCUGGCUCCUGUCAUAUUUUAGGAAGCGCAACAGUUCAUUUAGGUACAGCAAGCUUCUGCAAGCAGCAGUGUGAAAACAAGCGAGCUGUCAAAUUUAUCCUUGUUAGCUGAGGGCUGAACAUCAACCCAGGACAUCGGGAGAUAACUCCCCCUGCCCUUCUUAGAAAUAAUGGGUUCUUUUAUGUCCAUCUUAGAGAGUCCAAGGGACAUUGUCCAAGAUACCCCAACUGCAUCAUCUUUGCCUACUUGAGCCAACAGACCGGGAGUUUCAUUAUUAAAACCCAGGAACAUUUGCUCCAUGUGAUUCAGGACCAGACGGAUCGGGAAGAUUUAACCCUGGAGGCACGGUAGGGGGAGUAUUGCAGGGUGACUGAGCAGGCUCUCACAUCAGAUAUCGUUUGGUGUUAAGAUCUCCCAUUGGAAUGGUUUCCUGCUUCUCUGUUUGUUAGCAGUUUAAAAGUGGUAUUUUACAAUGUUCUGUAUAUUAUUUAUUUAACUGGCUCUGACGCCAUUAACAAUGUUUCCUGGCUGUCUGAAUACGACUGCUUGGAGCCUCAGUGGUUCUUAGUUCUUGUUUGUUAAGGAUUGUCGCAAACUCCUCCCCUCACGCAGGGACUUGGGGCCUACCUCCUGCUGGCCUGGGCCCCUGUCCCCACACUAGGCUUUGGGGCUUUGUCCACUCACUUGGGGCGCCACCCUUGCCCUGGGAAAGGAGGCCCUGCCCUCACUCUGGGAGCUGGGGCAUUGUGCUCACUCUGGGAGCGGGGGGCCCCUCCCUUACACUGGCAGCUGAGGCCCUAUCCUUUAACCCAGGGUUACAUUAAAUACUUUGUUGUUCAAUU